CGCCAUGGACGUGCACGGCGACUGUGCCGAGCUGAGCGCGGUGGGCGAUCAGCCGCCGCCAUCGGGCAAGCUCAACAAAACCGCCUUCAAAUUGUUCAAGCGCAGGAAGUCCGGCGGCGCCAUGCCGAGCAUCUUCGGCGUGAGGAGCAGCGGUGGCGGCAAAGGCAAAGGCGGAGAAGCGGGCGGAGGGCAGCCAGGCAUGGUGAGGAGCAAGACCCACGACGGGCUGGCCGAGGUGGUGCUCGAGAGCGGCAAGAAGGAGGAACCGGGAGGAGGAGGAGGCGGCGGCGGUGGUGGCGGAGGGGACGACCAGUUCGUUGGCGGCGGAGCCAACAAGGAUUAUUCCCCCUGCUCGGCGGCGAGCAAGUCCCACCGCUUCUUCUCUCUGCUGCGCAAAAACGGCCGCUCGGUCGAAGGCGGCAAAGGGGAGAGACCCAAAGGGCGCGGGGGGCUCAAGGGGCUCUUCAACAGCAUGAGGUGGCACCGCAGGGACAAGCCCAGCAAGGAGGACGAGGCCGGAGACGGCGCCGAGGGACAGGCCAGCCACCUCAGGCCCGGCUCCCUCACGGCCAGCCUGGAGUGCAUCAAAGAGGAGGCGCCACGACCCCCGGCAGCGGCUGCAGCAGCCCCCCAGACCCCCUCAGGGGAGGCCAGUGGGGACCAGAUGCUGCUGCUGGCCCACCCGAGCGCUGAGGACGUGCCCACCCAAGAGCAGCAGGACGUUGGUGCCAGGGAGCCCACCCCACGUACCCCAUCACCACCAGGAACCGAGCCCCCCGGGAUCCAGCCCCUGGCGCAGGAAAGCCGCUCCGAGCUGCCCCCCAGUGAUGGUGAUGGCCCAGGGACCCAGGAGGACAGCGCCAUAACAGGCUGUGGGGACAUUAUUGCCGACCAGGAGGAGGACGUGGGCAGCGGCGGUGGCGGUGGCGCAGGUGGAAGCGACAAGAGCGCCCCUGGGGUUGGCAAAGCGGGGGCUUCCAAAAAGCCCCCCAGCGUGGUGACCUAUCAAGGAGGAGGAGAAGAGAUGGCCAGCCCUGAACAGGUGGGGGACACGUGCGCCCCAGAGUUCUGGGAUGUGUUGUCACAAGCAGAGAAGCCGCAGGAGACCCCGGGGGGAGGGAAAGACUCCUUCGAGGGCUCCAAAGGUGGCGGUUGUACCAAAAAGGUUCAGGAUGCAUCAACAACUGGGAAGCACAUUGGUUUCAACCAGAUUCCGGUUCACCACAGCCACAAGAACGACCAGAAGUGUAGGGAAAAGGAGCCACAGGAAGCCAUCCCCAGCAGCGAUGAAGGCUAUUGGGAUUCCACAACACCUGGGCCAGAGGAGGACAAUGCCAACAGUAUCCAGAAAGAGGUCAUUCCCAGGGACAGCUACAGUGGGGAUGCCCUCUAUGAUCUGUAUGCUGAUCCAGAUGAAAACACAGCCACAGUUACUUCUGCAGAAGACGUCACCUCUGUGUCUUGUUGCAAGCCACUGUCUCCAGUAACAACAACAUGCUCAGUCAAAACCCAUACAACUUCACUCAAGGACUCCAAGAUACCCAUCAGUAUCAAGCAUUUUACGUCGCCACAUGGCAGUCAUGGCCCAGAUACCAGUAAUAGCCAUCACCUUGCACACCACCAGCCUACCAAAAGUGAGAUCCCUAGAACAAAAAUCCCAGUUUCUAAAGUGCUUGUACACCGGGCAAGUUACCGGAGCCUAGCAGGGACAACAGGUAAAACAGCCACAUAUCAUGAAAGUGCCAAAAAAUAGAAGGAGAUAAAUAUGGGUGUGUCAGUCUUGCAGGAACCUGCUAAUAAGCAGUUUGGCAUCAUUCUAAAGGAAGACACCUAC